AUGCAGGGUCAGAAGCUUGAACACUGCACCAUAGUAGAGAGAUACAAAUUUACACCACCUAAAUUCAUGAAUCGUGGUUUCAGUGAUAUUCCAAAAUUUCCGGGUGGAACGUGGCGAUGGAAGCAUCAAAAUUUUUCGUUUUUUGCGUGUUGCGGUUUAAGACCAUAUAUGGAAGACCGAAUGCAUUAUAUGAAUGAUCCACAUCAUAACCUUUCAAUAUUUAGUAUCUUUGAUGGACACGGCGGACCGUUUGUUUCUCAAUACUUGGAAGAGCAUUUCUCAAAUGCCAUUCGCAAUCGACUCCUGAAAUUUGGACCUGAUGCACGUCGACAAAGUCUUGCGGUUGACGCAUACGACACAGUAACUCAGGCUGUCGUGACGGAAGUGCACAACAUUGAUGAUGCGAUCUCAAGACUAGACCCUUCGCUUACUUCAUUUACAGGAUCAACAUUGAUAUCAGCUAUACUUGAACAAAAUCGCUAUCUGACGGUGGUGAACGUUGGGGACUCUCGUGCGGUGGCGUGCGACCCAAAAGGACGGGCUAUUGCUCUAUCAGCUGAUCACAAGCCCUCACAGGCUGAAGAAAGGCGACGCAUUGAGAAUGCAGGUGGUUUUAUCUUAGAGGAUGGUGUCGAACGAGUGCAAGGAAUUCUCUCGGUUACCAGGUUAUUCAGUUUUCGAGGAUAUCGCUCUUUAAUAGUCAUGCAAGCUUUCGGUGACACACAACUGAAACGUGCAUGUGUAUUGACUGCUCAUCCUGACGUG